AUGCGGCGGUGCCGGGGCGCGGGGCUGGCGGCGCUGGCCGCGGUGCUCCUGGUGGCUGUGGUCAGAGCCCAGGUGCAGCAGGAGGCGUCGGCAGAGACCACCGAGGACACCGGCAUCAGCAUCAACUGCUCACACCCCAACAUACAGAUCACCGCGACUCACAUCUACUGGUACCGCCAGCUCCCGGGCCGAGGGCCCCGCAUUCCUCGUGAGCACUCUAAGAUGUCCAAAAAGCUGCCGGACCCGCCGGGGCGGCUGUCGGUGGCGGCAGACCGCCGGUCCAGCGCCCUGUGGCUCGCCCGGCCCCGGCGCGGGGACGCGGCGGUGUAUUACUGCGCCCUGAGAGACACGGGGAGAGGAAGCGGGGCUGCGGUCACUUUUGGAAAGGGAACGGUGCUUUCAGUCAUACCAGAUGUUACUCCAUCUCCUUCAGUCUACAGGCUGACCUCUAAAGAUGAUGAGGAUUUGGAAAUGUGCCUUAUCACAGAUUACUCCCCUGAAAAGCUUAAGACUAAGGCAGCUGAUAAGCGGACAAAUGCCCUCGUGGAGGUGGCAACACCCGAGAACAAUCAGGAAGUGAGCUACCUCUCAACCUAUUGGGCCAAGAAAGAUGAAAUGCAGUGUGGUGCAAAUCAUGAGGGCGUUGGAGAGCUGAAGGGCGAGGAUCCUGAAAGUGGUGCCAGCACUGUCUGUGUUACAGAGGUGUCUCUAAACUUCAGGACAGAUGAAAACCUGAACAUGCUGUCUUUAUCACAGCUGGGCCUGAAAGUAAUUUUAAUGAAAGGAAUAAUUUUUAAUGUCCUGAUGACGAUGCUUAUGUGGAAAAAAAAGAAUGCAAGUAAUCAGAUAGUGCAGUCCUGAAUUACCAAAAAAUCUGCUGAGGAAUCUUUACCAGAGCAUCAUGUGCAAGAGGGAACACAGGCAUUCCUGUUGCAAGGGAUAUCACUUGCUGUUUCUGUAUAUCACACCAGCCAUUAUAGUCUAAAUUGCUUUAUUUGCAUUGUUAUAAAGCUACUUAAAAACAAGUUUAAAAUUUUCAGCAUUCUGCUGCUCCAGAUGCCCAAUUCAUUUAGCAUGACAAUGCCUCUUUUUUUCAUGAAGCAUAGUUUGCUGUAACUAUAAAUUGCCAAACAUCACUACUAUUAGCGUUAAAAUGACACACAAUUUCUGCUUGGGGCAGUGUUCUUUGUUGAAAACUGCAAGCUAAAUAUCACUUGAAUGUUAAUUUUUCAUAUUUUGGUAGCUUUCAGGUAUGAACUCCUUAGAGUGCACCCCCACAGACACCAUUUCAGCUGCAAAUGAAACACUCUGAAAAGCAAAGGGAGACUUAUUCAGGGUGCUAUGCACCAUGUCCUGCUAUCUUUUGCUAGAUCAGAGCAAGGUAUCUUUUUUUUCCCUAAAAGAUACGCUGCUAGGUCUCCCAGAAUUCCUGAAUUCAGUUAAAUUCUCACUUCAUUAUCACAGAACAAAAGAAUGUUUUUUAGUAUUUUUAAAGUCUAUCUGGCCGUAACAUUUUCUGAAUUUAAACCAGCUUAAGAUUUGGCUUUGCAUUUAGUAAAAAUACAAACUACUUUUGUUCUUUUUGUUUAGUUCUAACAACCUUAGCUUUCCCAAUUUCUUUUUUGUAAUCUUUGCAUAAAACUAUACUGACAUAUUUACCUGUCCAUGUGUGCACUCCUUGGAAACAGUGCAUGCAUGUGAAAUUCGCAUGCUGCUAAUUCUUGAAUUGUACUGGCAACCACACUGAUGUCUUGGCAUUUCUUUAGGCCUUUGGCUGCUAUUAAAAAAUUCUUAUAAAAAAAUAA